AUGGACUCGUCUUACGGCUCUUGGCCUAUGCAGCCCAACGUCAAUCAAGAAAUCGCAUGGCAGUUGGGAUCUAAUGGUGUACCACAAUCAAUAGGUUCGCCUCCCAUAUCAUCCAUGAAUGCGUCCUCUCCGCCCUCUGGUAGCACCGCCAGCACUACCUCGUACCCCCCGUUCCUGGGCGUUCAGGACCAAAUGAUGCACCAAUCACCACAUCAUGCGUACCAGCACCAGCAUAUCCCGUCGAGCUAUCAAGCUCACUUGUAUUCCCAUGCUUACGUGCCAGAUCCGUCUCCAACCGCCAUAUCGGCAUCCAGCGCGUUCCCGUCGACCUCUUUGCCCAUCGACGCUGCCACCUUUCGGAGCAUGCGGAACGCAUAUCCGAUGGCGAACCCUCUUGAUCUGAUUGACGCUCUCAUUCCCUCGUCGCAGCAGCAACAGCAAGUGCAGCAAGCGCAGCAAGUGCAAGCGCUUAUGCAGCAUCAGUCACCCGGCGCGGGCCACGCAACCCAGAGCGGCGUAUACAUGCAGUCGCAUCCUGUCUAUACGCAGACAAACCAUCAGGACCCCUAUCGGUUGCAGUCGGACAAUUCGCUCGCAAGCGCCCUCACCUUCUCUACUUCAUCGCAUUCGCGUGCAGUACCUCCCCCGACCCUUUUGACACAGGCUGAGCUCCACAAUUCUGCAGGUCCUGCUGAUAUCUCGGACGUCGGCGCGCCAGAUUCAGCAACCUUGUCCAGCACCCUGGCCAUGCAGCAACCGAGUAAGCUACGGCAAUCCAAGCUAAAUUUCGUGCCUGGAUUGGAUCCAGCGACACAGAAAUCGGACGCAUCGUCUGCACCUGCCGCAGCCAACGACACGGCCGAGGACGGCGGCGACGCGAUAGUCAUUGUCGAUUCGACAUCGGAACCUGACACUCCUCCGCUUCCUCCGGUCCAAGCGCUGCCGGCGAAGCCAUCUACGACUGGUAAAAGCAACAGUCCCAGUCACAGCGGUAGCGGCACGGUUGCAGCAAAGAACGGAGCACCAGCCGCGGUACAGAAGAUUUCAGACAGAGCUAAGCAGCCGCUGUCUCGCCUGUCGGUGGAACGUGAGCCUCAAAAGGCGGCACACAAAUUUGUCGACAUUCUCAGCGAUCUCGACCCGAGCGGCAGGUUUGCGCGACCAAGACCGACAAGCGCUGAAGACCGCAGAAUUAUCGUGGACACACUGUACAGCAUUGUCAAGCUUGAAGCUGGCAAAGGCUACACGGAGGCGGGUCGCAAAAGGUUUUUUGCAUGUUUGAUGGCGCUGCCAGCUGCUCGGCAGAUCCUUUCGACAUGGCUUCGAUCCACUGUGCCACCUAAAAAGGUGACCGAAGCUGUUCCCGAUCACAGUCGGCGAUACAGAGACACGUUGUCGCCUCUUUUAGCUAUCUUGGGAUACGUCGAAAUGAAGAGUGCUUACCUCAAGGACAAGGAAGCAGGGAUUGGUAAGGCCAUGACGGGUGUGUCGGCGCGUGCGGUGGACCCGUUGGCGCGGAAAACGGCGGCGGGCAUCCUGGAGAAAUGGACGAAAGUGAUCACCAACGAAGACGCUAGAAAGUCUACCACCAGCGUUCCUGCUCUGUCGACAUCUAAAACUGCUUCGAGUACAGCACCAGCGACAAGCGCCAAACGCAAGCCGGCUGAGGGAGCUACGGCGGCUGACAGCAGCGUCAAGAGGUACAAGACGGCCACAAGUGUGGCGACAGGUUUAGCAACUAUCCGAAAGCCCCAAGCCGUUCCAGCAGCAUCGAGCAGCACAAUUGCCAAGCCUGGGCUUUCAUUUUUCUCGAUCGGCAACGUGAGGAAGCCCGCGAGCACCGGCGGCGCUCCGAAUGUGAGUGCGGCGACUGGCAGCCGCAAAAAUGCGCACCAGGACAUCAUGAGUCUUGUGGGCAAGUUGAGCGCUGGUGCCAUCGAUCGUGCCGGAGCUAGCCAAAUUGAUGCGACUCCUGCCGAGGCGCAGCCUAGCGUCAAGGUCAAGAAGCGGGUCAGGUGGAAGGAAGACGGCGAGUUGGAAGCGAUUAAAUUGAUCGAGCCCGCGGAUUAUGGACAGGACGAAGAAGAGCACAUGGAAGGGGCGGUGGACGAGCUUGACGAGGGUCUGGCGCUGCGUCAAUCGGUUAGCAGCAUGGAAGCGUUGAUGGAAUGGCACGAGCCACGCGAAGUGCUCGUAGCAAUGCCUGAAUCGGGACCGGUUGAUAUCGAGUCGGUGGAAGGACCGUUCCAAACGCAACGAAAAGCGCGUCUGGAGGAAAAAAGAUAUCAAGAUGGCGAGGAGCCCAUGUGCCCGGACGAGACGCAGUUGGAAAAGCCAGGAACGAUCUCUGAGAUGCCUGCCGAGCUGAACCGAACGGAGAUUGUAGAAAUUCCAACGCCGUGGGUAGACUACAUGGAUGCAGGCGCAGGAGCAAUGGACAUGCAGGAAAGCAACCAGGGAGGAGAUGGUGUGACGGAUAUCAACACGUCGACCGAGACGAGCGCAGACAUUGGCUCGACGACCAGAAUCAGCGACUUGCUGGCCAAGGUUGGACGGUCUGUACAAGUUGCGGGAGAUACCGCGGGCAGUAUUAGCGCAGUCUCAACAGCUGCAGCGGCGCCUGCACCAGUUCCAGCACCAGCACCGGCUACUGUGCUCAAUUUUGAUAUCAGCCAGAUUCAGAACAUCCUCGAGGCUGCCAAAGGCAGUGGACCUAGUGCAAAUGCGGUCAACAAGGCACUGGCAACCUCGAAUGUGACGAGCGAUGGACUGUCGAACUUGCUGUCGAGUCUAUCGAGCCUAAACAAGUCGAACGGAUUGCAGGUUGAUUCGGGUUCGAGCAGCUCUGAUGGCAAUGAACGGCGCCGCUACUGGCAGGAUACUUACGAAGUCAAUGGGGCGAGUUCGAGCAGUAAGCAAGAGAGCUAUCCGGGUGAAUAUCGGCCGGACUACCGGUACAGAAACACGAGCACGUAUCGGCCAGCCGAAGAACGGUACGCGACGUCGACAUCGAGACCGAGCACGUAUCAUCAUGGAGGAGGCUACGAUGAGCGCCGGGACCAUGGUAAGGGAAGCCACAAGCGACGCACGAUACCGUGCAAGUUUUUUGCGCAGGGACUAUGCCAUUUCGGAGAUGCGUGUCACUUUCUUCACUGA